AUGACGCUUCUGCUGUCGACAACCCCACACGCGCAACGAACGAGCAGGAUGAGUGCCGCACCCGUGAUUGGCCUUUUGGGCGGCGGGCAGCUGGGGCGGAUGCUGUGCGAGGCAGCAGCACCGCUAGAGGUGGAGGUAGCGAUCCUGGACGCGGCGGACGCACCGGCGAAGCAGGUCGGCCACAGCGCGCAUCACGUCGACGGCUCGUACAAGGACGCGGCCAAGAUCCGGGCGCUGGCGACGCGCUGCCGGGUGCUGAGCGUGGAGACGGAGCACAUUGACACGGCAGUGCUGGAGGAGCUGGAGGUGGGCGGCCGCGUGGCGGUGCACCCGUCAUGGCGCACGCUCCGGCUGAUCCAGGACAAGCACGAGCAGAAGGCGUAUCUGGCGGCACAAGGGAUUCCGGUGGCCGAUCAGGUAGCGCUGGGCGACGGCGGCGUGACCAUGGCGGCACUGCAGACGGCGACGGCGCGCUUCGGCUUUCCCUGGAUGCUCAAGGCCCGCCGCGACUCGUACGAUGGCCGGGGCAAUCUGCGGAUCAGCGGGCCGGCCGACCUCGAGCGCGCCCUCGCCGAGUUCGGCGGCCUGCGCUGCUACGCCGAGCGGUUCGUGCCCUUUGUGCGCGAGCUGUCCGUUCUCGUCAUCCGCAGCGAGGACGCCGCUGGCAGCCCGCGCCGUCUGGUCGCCUAUCCGGCCGUCGAGACGGCCCAUGAGGACAGCGUGUGCGCUCGCGUCUACUUGCCACCACGCCAGACCGACGCCGCCGUCUGUGCCCGUGCCCAGGCCGUCGCCGUGCGCGUCGUCGAACACCUCUGGGGCAAGGGCGUCUUUGCCGUCGAGAUGUUCGUCGGCCCGGACGGCGACCUCCUCGUCAACGAGAUCGCUCCUCGUCCCCACAACUCCGGACAUCUCUUCACAGAGGCUGUUCCAUACAUGUCCCAGUUCCGUGCUCAGCUCGCCGCCAUCCUCGAUGAGCCACUCCCCCAAAUUUUGGAACCUCACGUGACCUCGGCCAUCAUGAUCAACAUCCUCGGCGGCGUCACUGAGCACGCCCACCUGCCGCUCGUCGCCGCUGCCAAGGCCCUCUUUGGUCACCAAAAGGCCGCCUACGUCCACCUCUACGGCAAGCAGUCCAAGCCCGGCCGCAAGAUCGGCCACAUCACCGUCACCGGCGUCGUGGCUGACGUGGCUGAGCUUGAGGCCUUUGCCCAGCCGCUCCCCCUCGUUCUUGUCACCAUGGGCUCCGACUCGGACCUGCCCGUCCUCAAGGCCGGCAUCGACGUGCUCACCGAAUUCGGCGUGCCCUUUGAGGUCGACAUCACGUCCGCCCACCGCACCCCCCAGAAGAUGGGUGACGUUGCCGCCAAGGCCGCCGCCCGCGGCAUCAAGGUCAUCAUUGCUGCUGCCGGCGGCGCCGCUCACCUGCCCGGCAUGGUGUCGGCCUACACUGCCCUUCCCGUCAUCGGCGUUCCUGUCAAGGCGACACAUCUCGACGGGAUGGACUCGCUGUUGAGUAUUGUUCAGAUGCCACGUGGUAUUCCUACUGCUACCGUCGGCAUCAACAACUCGACAAACGCAGCCCUGCUGGCCAUCCGCUGUCUGGGCGCCUUCCAGCCCGAGCUGCACGAAAAGAUGCUCGCCUACCAGCGCGAUCUCGAGAAGCAGGUUGACGACAAGGCCGCCUCACUGCAUGACCUCGGUGUCGACGCUUACCUAGCUAAGAUGGGCAAGAAGUAA